UACAGUAACUGAUCCAACGAUUCAAUGGACAACUAUGGAGCUUCUUCUGGAUCUGCUGUGUUUGUGUCUCCUGUGUUUGACCGGAAAAACACUUUGUGAUGAAAACGGGCCAGCAGUCAUCACAGUGGAAGGAGGGUCUGAUGUAAUGUUACCCUGUUCUCUCAGCACCAAGGAGAACAUUGAGUUUAAACUCUUCUUUGACUGGAGGAAAGUUGCUCAGAAAGAUGAUGGUCUGAAGGAGGUGUUCAUGUAUGACGCAGGCAUUCAUUACAACAACGGUCUAGAUGGUCAGAGUGAAGAGUUCAAAGGUCGAGUCUCUCAUUUUCAAGAUGAACUGAAACACGGCAACGCCUCCAUAAUCAUCAGAAAUACAAAGAUAUCUGACAGUGGAGAAUACACCUGUGAUUUUCCAAGUCUUCAGCCACGUCAAAUAUUCCCCAUUAAGCUUGUUGUUGGUGCAGCUUCAAAACCAUCUGUGACAUUACAGGAUGCAACAAUAUUCUCGGCGCUGCUGCAGUGUGAAGUUCAUGGCAAUCCAAAACCUAAAGUAGAGCUGCAGGACAGUGAUGGAAACAAUCUUCAUGCUAAAGUAACACAGACCUCGGAAAGAGAAGGCAGCUUCUACAUCACCCUCCAAACUACUGUGACCAAGACCGGCACCUAUCGCUGUGUAGCAACACAGGAGGAAAUCAGACAUCAGAUUUAUGCUGAGAUCUCUGUGUAUAUCAAUGGUGAGAGUCUUCCUUGUGAUAUUAAAAAAUUUUUAUUCUUUUGUUUAUGGCGAAAAGUCAUCACAGUGAAAGAAGGCAGUGAUGUUACUUUACCCUGUUCCCUCAGCACCAAGGAGGACAUUCGGUCAAAAUUAUUUUUCUGGCUGAAACUUCCUCAGAAAACUGAUGGUGUUCAGAAUGUGUUCCUGUACGAUAAAGGUGAUCUUUACAGUGAACAGCGUCCAGAUCAGAAGCCAAAAGUCAUCACAGUGGAAGAAGGCAGUGAUGUUAUUUUGCCCUGUUCCCUCAUCACCAAGGAGGACCUUCGGUUAACACAGUUUAUCUGGAAGAACGUUUCCCAGAAACCUUAUGAUGGUCAGAUGGUGUUCCUGUAUGAUAAUGGUGAUCUUUACAGUGACGAGCGUCCAGGUCAGAGUGAGCAGUUCAAAGGUCGAGUCUCACAUUUUCCAGAUAAACUGGAACAAGGCAACGCCUCCAUAAUCAUCAGAAAUAUGACGUGGGAUGACAGAGGAGUCUACAGAUGUUAUUUUCCAUCAAUUCAGAGACCUCAAACGUUCUACAUCAAGCUUGAUGUUGAACCAAAACUCAUCACAGUGAAAGAAGGCAGUGAUGUUACUUUACCCUGUCACCUCUCGCCCAACAAGGACAUUCGGGCAACACAGUUUAACUGGAAGAAACCUCGUGUUGAUCAGGAGGUGUUCCUGUAUGAUAAUGGUGAUCUUUACAGUGACGAGCGUCCAGGUCAGAGUGAGAAGUUCAAAGGUCGAGUCUCACAUUUUCCAGAUGAACUGGAACAUGGCAACGCCUCCAUAACCAUCAGAAAUAUGACGAGGGCUGACAGUGGAAAAUACAGAUGUAUUAUUUAUCGAGAUCUUCAGAAACCUCAAAUAUUCUACAUUGAGCUUCUUGUUGUUGGUGAGUACUUUGAGUAA